AUGGUCCGUCAAGAGGCUGAAGGGCAGUCGGGGCUCCCGCAGGAUACGAUUGAUUUCGCACAUCGGAUGUUCGAUGCAGCUCGUAACGGCGAGUCUGCGACGCUCCUGCAAGCUGUAGAUGCUGGAUUGCCCCUCAAUUUAACGAACGACAAAGGAAACACACUGCUUAUGCUUGCAGCUUACGCUGGACACAUUGAUUUGACUCGUGCACUCAUAUCCAAAGGCGCGGAUCCGAACAGGCUCAAUGAUAACGGGCAAUCGCCUCUGGCAGGUGCUGUUUUUAAGGGAGAAGAUGAGAUAGUUCGUGUUCUUAUGGCCGGCGGGGCUAGUCCUCGCCUGGGUACGCCGACAGCCAUACAAACCGCACGCAUAUUCAAAAAAACGGAUGUCCUCGAAAUUUUAGGGGCGACAGAAGAAGACAUGAAGGACGAUAUACCUCAGCCUCCUGGUCCUCCUAGCUCCUAG